AGACGUCCGUGGUGCUGCCGUCCGCCACGUCAGACCUGGACAGGAUCCAGGAGCCGGUGAAGGUCGUGCUCUCCAGCACCUGUCAUCACGCGUACAACGCUUGCAAAAACAACGCGGAGUGCAAGGCGUUGCUGGAGCCGGUGCUGGACCACUGCGACUCGGCGAGCUGCGCGAAGAACGAGUGCAUGGAAGCGUUGCAGCAUUUCUACAAAUUCGCCAACCACAAGCAUUCCGUGGAGAUCGCGUUCUGUUUGUGCAAGAAAACGGACGACAAGAAGGACGAGUGCAUAGUGGCGCAGGAGAAGAUGCACCCUGCGUGCGCUCAGCGCGUAGAGGGCGCUGAGAAGCCGACCUGUCACAGUUUGGCAGUAGCCUGCAAGGAGCACGAGGCUUGCAAAGCGAAAUUGGAGUACUACGAGCAGAAUUGCGCGAUGGACAGCGUGACGAAGAAAUGCGCCGGGCCAACCUCGGAGUGCAGGAAGGCGAUGCUGGGAAUCCUUGGGACGGAACUGCGGUCCAACUGCGCGUGCAAGGGCACAGAACUCACGCAACUUUACGACUGUCUGGGCUGGCAGAGACUCCUCUGGGUGAAUCCUUGCGUGGUGGAAUCUCAGAAAGAUUAUCACAUCAAAAGGAAACACCAUCAUUACCCGAGGACCACGACGACGACGACCGUCUCGACGACCACGAAGACACCGGUCAGCACGAUGACGGUGACCGUGGUCGAACAAGUGGAAGAUAAUCAAAUACCGGAAGUGACGAGGUGGACAACCACGGAACCCACGGAAACUUGGGAAAUCACGACCACCAGCAGCACCACCAUAAGCACCACGCCUAGCACCACCACCACUACCACGAUGCCCCCGCGCUUCUGUGUGGUUCAAAGGUCGAGGCAAAGUCACCAAUACAUAAGGGAGGGCGAAGGCAAGAGGCUGUAUCGCGAGGACGAGCCGGAGUGCUCGGAGCUGUGCCAGUGCGGCGAGGGCGUAGUUUUGAUCUGCAACACGAUCUGCGUGGACUCGACGCCGUGCAAGACGGAAUUUGCCUACUACAAUCACGAAUCACCGUCGUAUCAGGCGUAUCGCGGGCCCUGCCUUUGCUACAGCAGUGAUUUCAUAUGCAUGCGGCCUUCGCCCGAUACCUACUCUAUACCGCACGGAGUUUUCAUGUUCCUGGGCUACAGCGAAAAGGACGAGAGCUUAUUGCGACGGCACAAUAACCUCACGGUCCUGGACGCGGUGUCGUCCCUCGAUAGUUUCAUGAGGGAAGAAGUUAACAAUCAGACAGUGUGCACGCUGUUCCUGUACAACGCGACCCGAGAGAACGUGAUUGCAGUGGCGCGUCUCGGGACUGACAAUCCACCUUUAAAUAGCAGCCAAGCUCAAAGUCUGCAGCACCUCCUGCGCGUCAAGGAGGAGUGCGCCUCGAUGCUGCAGGAUCUCAGCGACAAGAUCAACAACAAGCAUCACGAUGUCCACACGCAUCCGCUGCUGUCGAUCUUCAAGAUAGCCGAGGUCGAGGUCAAGUUGCCGUACAGCAACGAGGUCGGGGGUCUGUCGAGGUCGUCGAGUUUGCUGCUGGUCACUAUCCUCCUGCUGCUCAGCCUGUUUCGAUCGACGUCGACGUGCCUGGUCGCCUCGUGACACCAACGACCGACAGCCGUAUCCUAUCGAGACCACUGAAAUUUCUCGAACGCCUAGAAAAAGCUGCACGAGCGUCUCCGAAGAGCGAAAACCGGCGAGGACCGCUCGCGACGGCCCACGUGGCCGUUGGAUCAUCAACGAACGUCGAAGUCGCAAUUUAUCGAACGGGGCUCUAAUCUUCGUGCCUCGUGGAUCAAACGAGUAGAGAAUUUUGCUUCGUUGCCGCGAUCGAGGAUCGUUCUCGCUUUAGCCGACCUCCUAAUCCCGUUCCUCCUUUCCGGCUCCCGGCGAAUCCUUAAUUCCAUUCUCCGUUCGUUUGAAACCGCGAAUCUCGCCAGCCACCCUCUGUCAACCCUGUCCCACCCCCGUGAUCACCGUGUUCACCGUUCCGAGUAGUUUAACCUAGUCCUUAACGACGACAGGCAGAGAGAGCGAGAGAGAGAGAGAGAGAGAGAGAGCUUCCGUCACGACGUCGUUUCUCGCAACUAGGGGUUCGAUUUCUCGCGAGAUGCACGCGGCGCAGGGCCAGGAUUUUUAUUGCUCCACACGGUACGGUAUCGCGCGACAGCAACGAAAUAGCCCUCUCGUACGGCUACGUGGCCAAUAAUAAGAGGGAUCCCAUAUGCAGAGAAUGGGCGUGGAUCCAAACACGUGGCUCUCCUACCCUCUCGCUGCUGGAUCAGCGACGAUAUUGCAAGCCAGACCCCGAAACGAUCUCGGUGAUUAGAAUCGCGCGCGACACACGCCCUCUGCUACUCGCUAGCUACUAGCUGCUAGCUGCAGCUCUCCAACUGGCCUCGCGAGGGUCGCCUCUGAUACCGUGGCCCAGUUCGACAGGGAAAAGCAUCGGGGGGGGUAGUUUUCCUAGAGACCUCUUCGAGUUUUGACACCGGGUCACGGUUCGAUCACGGCUUUUCCUUUUUCCCUUUCCCCCUUCCCCCCUCCGCCCUGCUUUCCGCUCUUUUUCCAUUAAAUCUGGCCCUGCAUGGCGGUACACCGCGAACUUUUUCGGCUCGGAAUCGACGUCGCGCUGGAAAUUAAACGAAUUCUUUCAACCGUUCCACCGCGAGGGGAUAUUCGGUUCGCUUUUUUCCCGUUUCGUUGGCGCGAUGAAAAAUCGGCUCCUCGAUCGCGCGCAGCGGCAGCGAGUGUAUAAAGGAAGCACCGUAGAGUCUGUAAAUGACAAGCGCUAAUUUACCGUGUAAUUAUAAUAAGCUAGCAGAAAACGCGAACGCUCCUCCUGUAUCGGACCAUUAGGUGUUUAUUAACGUUGUUCAGAGCUAAAUCUAACGGGCGUUUUGAGGCAUAUCGCAAGAGGCUCGAGUGUGUAGAUAACUUGUAGAUUGUUAAAUAGAAUUGUAACAAAACGAUGUAAUAGAAGCGAAGGUAAGAAGAGAGGAAACGGCUGUUUCUCGCGCUGUUCGUUGUGAAUUCCGAUUUCGACGAAGAAUGGGGAAAAAUGUAGUAGAAGAAAAGG